CAGUUUAUGCUUUGUCGGCUCUGUUCCUACUCCAUUGGAGCUUCUUCUUCUGCUUUCUUCGGUGGUUUUCGCAGUCCUGAGUUUAGAAAUAGUUUCAUUCCGCGCAGUUGGGCCAUCGGCGGUGUUGGGUUAGUGAGAAACAUGGCAUCUGAAGGCCGACAAUUUCCUCCACAGAAGCAACAAGCUCAACCUGGCAAAGAGCACGUCAUGGACCCAACUCCACAGUUUACCAGCCCAGAUUACAGGCCUGCCAAUAAGCUUCAGGGGAAAGUGGCGCUGGUGGCGGGCGGGGACUCCGGAAUUGGUCGGGCUGUGUGUUACUGUUUUGCUUUGGAGGGUGCAACUGUAGCCUUCACGUACGUCAAGGCCCAGGAGGUCAAAGACGCCAAUGACACUAUUGAAAUGAUUAAGAAGGUCAAACACGACUCUGCCAACAACCCGUUGGCUAUAGCGGCUGACUUGGGGUUUGAUGAAAACUGCAAGAGGGUGGUUGAUGAGGUGGCCAAGGCCUAUGGUCGGAUUGACAUUUUGGUUAACAACGCUGCUGAGCAGUACAAGGCGAGCUCGGUUGAAGAUAUCGACGAGGAGAGGCUCCAAAGAGUAUUUCGAACCAAUAUCUUCUCCUAUUUCUUCACCACCAGGCAUGCAUUGAAGCACAUGAAGGAAGGGAGCUCCAUAAUCAACACGACCUCGGUGAACGCCUACAAAGGAAACGCCAAGCUGCUCGAUUACACGGCCACCAAGGGGGCAAUUGUGGCGUUCACCAGAGGCCUAGCCCUGCAGCUGGCAACCAAAGGGAUAAGGGUCAACGGCGUGGCGCCAGGGCCAAUAUGGACUCCAUUGAUUCCGGCCUCCUUCGACGAGGAAGAGACUGCUAAUUUCGGGUCUCAGGUACCCAUGAAGCGAGCAGGGCAGCCCAUUGAAGUGGCUCCCUCGUACGUCUUCCUUGCCUGUAACGCUGAUUCCUCUUACAUAACUGGCCAAGUCAUCCACCCUAAUGGUGGGACUAUAGUGAAUGCUUGACGAGGAGGAGGAGUUCGAGCUCUGGUGAACGACAUAGUUGUAUGGAAUUUUGUUAGGGAACUUGCAAGGAAAAUCCAAAUAAUGUAAAAUAUUCGUACUUAAAAUAAAAGUUCUUCCUUGCAAAAAAA